ACUGUGACGCAUGUAACGCAGAGACAGAGAGAAAGAGUGACAGAGAAAGUAAACCGAAAGCUUCACCUGGCUUUUACAUCAAAAGCCACAACAAAUUGUUUUAAAACAUGUCAGAGACGUCGAGCGUAGGGAGCUUAGACCGAGUUGUUACGGCGGCAACGACGCUCAAAAUGUCAAAUGGGACCGAGACCAUAGAGAUGCUGCGCCAGCGUUCGCAGCGUCUUGCCGUUCGGCUACAGAGCACGCAAAAGGAAAUGAUGACAACUCAAGCUUCAGCAGCAGAAAUGGAACAAAAGGCUGAACACUUUAUGCGUGCCUAUGUGACCAACACGCAGUUGCAGCAGCAGCAUCCACCACAACAACUGCAGCAGCAGCAUCCACCACCACAACAACUGCAGCAGCGGCAUCCACCACAACAACCGCAGCAGCCAGCGAAACAGCAGCAACAACCGAAACAGCAGCAGCAACCGCAACAGCAGAGUUCACAGCAAAUGCAUCUGCCGUCGCCACAGCGCAUGGUGUCCACUUAUUCGUAUGCCUUUGUGCCUGUGCAAAUGCAACUGCCACAUGCUAACACCGCUCCCAAAGCUCCAACAACAGCAGCGCUGCCUCAGGCGCCUGCUGUCCCAGCCGAAGUUAAGCCGCCACGCAAGAACCGCAAACGUCUUAAUGUCGAAGUAGAUGCUCUCAAGAAUCUAGUGCAAAGUCUUGCCGCACUCAGUCCUGAAAUCAAUGCGCGCGCUCAUCAGUUGAUACAGCAAAACGAGGUGCUCUCCCAGCUGGAAUGGCAAAGCAUCAACGACAAUGCGCGCAAUCGCACGCGCUUCUACAGCAGCUCCAGCUCCAACGGCAAUGUGGUUAUGCGUGCGGGUAUGUCCAUGCAGUUGCAGCCGCGUCGCAUAGACGGCGGCAUGGAGAGACCACAGGUCUUGCAGCGUCCAAUGCCAGCACAAACAGCACGUGCACGUCGGGAGUCUGAGCUAUCCAACACCAGUAGCAGCAGCUCACCGGCUGUGCAGCAGGCAACAACUGAUCCAUCGCCACGCAAACGUGGCAACCGUAAUCGCAAGAAGCGCAACGAUAAGAAUGCACCGCGCACCUUGAAAACCGAACUGGAGGCCAUGCGUGCCUACAUAAACAAAAUCGUGCAUCAUCAUGUGGGAGCGGAACUGCCCGCCGAGCUGCAAUUCAAAGGCGACUUUGAAGACUUGGAGGCGCAUGCUCAGCGUCUUGUUGAAGCAGGCUAUGGCCGCAUUGUCGAAGAUCAGAUACGCGUCAAUCGCAAAAACAAUCGUCAGGCAUUUAUUACAAUGUCGACAGAUCGCGAGGCGCUGGAUCGUGAUGGAAUUGUGCUGCUGCCAGUGGCGCGACGUUAUGCCUUCGAGGGAGACAUUGUGCGCGCCUUUGUUCUCAAUGUGGGCGGUGCAACGCCAGCUGUAAAGCCUGGAGAAGCAGAUACCAUAACAGGUGGCAAGGCCUCUCUGUCUUUGGCUGACGAUGAAGAGCUUUCAGAUGAAACUGAAUCCCAGGAUACAGACGAUGAGAAUGUGGCCGUUGUUGCCUCCGAUAACUGCCCCAAAGCAUUUGUCAUUGCCAUAGUCAAGCAAACCGAGCUGCGUCAAAUUGUGGGCAACAUAUCGUUCACCAAUGCCAUCAAACUGAGCAGCGACAAGCUGUUCUACAAAUUCCGACCCUAUGAUCUACGCAUGCCCAUGGUAUAUAUACCACAAGCGACCUGUGCCAAGCACAUAGGCAACAAGCAGCCGGAUGAAGUGAGUGGCUUGCUGUUUCUGGCUACCAUACUGGAAACAGAUUGCAAUGGUCAUUGCAUAGCGGAGCUGGUGCAGCCAGUGGGCCGUGUAGGCAAUCUGGAUGACGAACUGAAGGCUAUACUGUUUCACAAUGGGCUGAAGGAUGUGCUGCCCUUCGAGCAGCGCUUCAAUGAUAUGUAUGCAACAAAAGCGCCACCAGUAAGCGCGCAGGACUUGCAGCAGCGCAGAGAUUUGCGCAAGCAGUGCAUCUUUACCAUAGAUCCGUUGACAGCGCGUGAUUUGGAUGAUGCGCUUUCGAUUGAGCAGCUAAGUGAGCAGGAAUUUGAAGUGGGCGUGCAUAUCUCCGAUGUGUCGCACUAUUUGACCGAAGACAGCGAGCUGGACAAUCUGGUUAAGGAGCGUUCCACUUCCAUUUACUUGGCUAACGAAGUAAUACACAUGCUGCCGCAGCCGCUUUGCAUGCGCUGCUCGCUGCUGCCGGGUGAGGAUAAAUUUGCCUUCUCUGUGUUCUGGCGCAUCAGCAAGGAUGGCCAGCUGCUGGCCAAGCCCAGCUUUACACGCAGCGUCAUCAACUCGUGCACGCAAUUUGCCUACGAGCAUGCACAAAAGAUUAUAGACAAUCCGCAGGAGCAAUAUACGGAGGAUGAUUUCCCAACCAUAGUGAAUGGCUUUACGGCCAAGCAGAUAAUGCAGCGCGUCACUUGGCUAAGGGAAAUAGCCAGCAAUAUGCGCAAGCAACGCUUCGACAAUGGCGCGUUGACUAUCAACAAUGCCAAGGUGCGCUUUACGCUCGAUCCGCUGUCCGGUGAGCCGCAAGGCUUUGAUGUGGAGCAGCAGCGCGAGGCGAAUCAUAUGAUUGAAGAGUUCAUGCUGCUGGCCAAUCAAGCUGUAGCUCGUCAUAUACACGACCAUUAUCCCAACAUUGCCAUUCUGCGUAAUCAUCCACCGCCCUUGACCAAGUCGCUGAAAGCCUUGCGUGAGAAACUUGUGAGCCAGGGCUUUGAUCUGGACUAUAGCAGCUCCAAGGCGCUGCAGCUGAGCAUGCACAAACUUGUGAGAGAAGCCAGCGAUCCUGUAGCCAUGUCAGCCUGCCUAAGCCAGCUGCUAAUGAAGCCCAUGGCGCGUGCUACCUACUUCUGCAGCGAGGGCAAGUCAGAGCCCGCAGAUCUUUGGCAUUACGCGCUAUCCAUACCCAUUUAUACGCACUUUACUAGCCCCAUACGUCGUUAUCCGGAUGUUAUGGUGCAUCGUUUGCUGGCUGCCUCGCUUAGCUACAUUCCCGCACCUGCGCGCAGCUGCGAUGAGCUGCAUCAUUUAACUAAAGUGGCUAAUCAGCGCAAAUACGAUGCCAAGCAGGCGGGCGAUGACUCCAACAAUUUGUUCUUCAAGCGCUACGUGAGCAAUCGCCAGGCUGUCUACAUGCGUGCCGUGGUUAUGGAAAUCUUUCAGCAUAUGAUGAACGUAGUGACGCUGGAGUCGGGACAUGUCAUUAGCAUUAACUACAAAAUGCAGCGUGUGCUAAUUGAUACACAAAAUGCGCCCAACUUUAUAGUUGUUGCCGAGCGUAAUCUGAAACUGCAGCCGUACAAGCUGCAGCUGCUGUCCGUCGUGCCCAUACGCUUGAUUAUAUGGGAUGACAAGCUUACAGGAUUUUUGCUGACAGCCGAGCAGCGUCAAAAGGGACCCAGCAUGGAGCAGACCAAGCACAAGAAGCAGCAGCAACAAGUCAAGCAACAACAUCAGCAGCAACUGCGACGACAGCAACACAUGCAGCAGCAGCAGCAGCAGCAACAACAACAACGCAUUUAUGCGCUCAGCAAAAAGAGCUCCUAACUGCAUUAGCUUCCAAUUUUGCGUCUCCAACACAAAAAAAAAAAA